GCCGGCUGGGGGCUCCUCGCCUCCUCCCCCUCUCUCCAGAGAACGAUUUGAGGCUUUCCCCCCGUUUUCUGGGCGCUGUGGAGGCGGCUGUGGACACUGCGCUGCUCCCACACGCGGAGAGCCGCAUCGCACCCGGUGCUGGGGUCACAGAGCUGUCCGGGCCGCGGCGUGCUGGGGGGACCCUGGAGGGAGUUUCUCAGUCUGCUCUCUGCCCUUUGUCAGUUUGUUCGCAGGCGUUGUGCAGCUGGACAGAGCAGUGUCAGCUCUGUCGCUUUAUCUCGGUCCUCUUGGCAAAGUUCGUGAAGUUUUGUUUUCUGAAGUUUUUGUUUCGUGAGCCCUUUCUCACUCUACAUUAAGAAAGUGUUUUUCCAGUCAAGUGGUUAUUAGUCAGCAAUGGAGGACUGUGAGACAGGAAAGCUGCGUGCCCUGCUGAGCAGGUUCCCAGUGCCUCAUCUGGCUUCAGACUGCUUUCCUCUGCCCUCGUGAAGCUCUGAUUUUGCUGCUUAGUGAUGAGAGGCACAGUGCUGUCUGGUUCUGAGACUGACAUGCUGGUGUGUGGGGAUAAUCGUGCAGUAGAACCUGUGCUCAAUAUUGUGUGUGCCAGGAGUAGCUGAAGGCAGUGGUUUGAGUUGGGAGACACUCCUGAGAAAGUGUAAGGAAGUGUUGAUGUAGGCUUUAACCCAAAAUGAAACCAUUGCCUAACUUGUUUUUCAAAGCAGGAGUAGAAAAUCGAGGUUAUGUGGGUUUUGCAUUAGGAAAAAAGCUCUUUGUCUAUGAGAAGUAGAAAGAGACUAUAGGAGUGUAUAUAGGGCUCCUGCCUUCUGGACUUGCCUGCAGUGCUGUGUUACAGCGGAUGAGGCACCAGCAUCUCUGAUGACUCCUACAGCAGGUGACAGGGCCAGCCCCUGCUAUGUGACAGGGAUGUUCUCUGUCCUCAGGAGGCUGUGAGCGCUUUGUGGCUCAGUGACCUUGUUUUCGGAGCUGCCCCUCUUGCAUCACGGUGACCUGUCAGCUUUGCAUCUAUUUCAGGAUAGCAAGGGGUCACGUACUUCUGUGAGUGCUUUUGCUGGGAGUUCCCUUUGCAUCUUUGCUCUGCUGCAACUAAACUGCUGCAGUUUUGUGAUUACAGGCACUACAGGUAACGUGGGUCAACUCUGCUUUUCAGGAGUGCUUCUGCUUGCUUUCUAUUCACCUGUUUAUACAUUAUUCUGUUUCCUUUUUAAUUUUUUUUCCAAGUAUGAAUUUAUUGUUCCUUCCCCUGCUCUUUCUGACCGGUGUUUGUGCAGUGUUCUUUGGAUCUUCAGUAGAAAGAAGGCUACAGAAACAUGAAUUAUCAGUGAAGCUGUUGUGUCAAAGGAUUUUGCAUGCCUAAACUACCCCCCAAAACCAGGGGACAGUGUGGGUCCUCGUGUUGCACCCAUCAAAUUUGGUUUUACUGCACACAACACUCAUUGCUUUAUGGUAACACUUAUUGCUUCCUGGCACAAAAAAGAAGAUGCUUUUAAUAGCAAGGACCGUGCGGGGUGCUGUAAACCAGAGAGUGUUAGUCUGAGUCUUUAUCUUUUGGUGAAAUUCAUUCUGGGCACUGUAGUUUGGGGUGGAGGUGAGUGCUGAAGCCCAUGGCCUUGAGGCAUCGAGGACUGGAGGGUGGCACAAGAUAGUGUGUGCAGCUGCAGGUGGGUUGUGCUGAUAAGGGGAAGUGUAGCAGGGAGAGUAGAGGGGAAGAAAUUUGGCUCACUGUGUUUUCUCUCUCGCAUCGAGCAGAUGUCUUUUGUGGAGAAGAGGAGGGAAUCUGGAGUUAAAACUGACUUUUCUGUGUUGUUUUGGCAGUGGUGGUAUAUCCUUCCUCUCUUUAUGUGUAUAUGUUGGGUCGAUUUGUAGCCUUUGUGGGCUUCUUUUUUGAACGAGGAAUGUUCCUGCUGUGUGGGCUUUACUUUGGUGACAGCUGAUUUCAUGACUGGGCUUUCUUGCUUCAUGAAGACGUUCUUCCCAGUGCCAGGAGAAUACAUCUGGUGUGUGGUGUGGCUGCCUGCUUCCUUGCAUGGGUUACCUCUGGAUGAGCACAUGCUGUGGCUGCCCGGCUGGCUUACGGCUCUGUUUGUAUGCUGCAAACCGUGUAAUUGGAAUGCAGCAAAAUGAAAUAAGUUCAUUUUAGCAGCAAAGUGGAAUAGGUCAAAAGUGUAUUAAGCCAUGCUGCUGAUGGAUGUGGAGUGAGUGCUGAGCACUUAAUUCACUGUCUGAGGUGCUAAGGCCGAAUGUUCGUAAAUCCAAUCCUCGCAAGAUGACAGAGGUAAAACCUCACUUAAACUGAUUAGCUCAUGUCUCUUAGAGCAUCUGCACAGAGAAACUGUCAUUUAAGAUUUGUGCGUGCAGCUGGAAUUUGCUGCAAGCUUGCUUUCUCUGCAGACAGCAGUGCUAGUAGUCAGGCCGUGUGUGGUAUGCGUGGUUAUGUGAGGGGAUGUGCCCAUCACGGGCCAACCUUACUAAUGCCAGUAAUGCCUUGCAAACCAGCAGAGCAGCAUCUGCAUGCUUUAGUGUAGUUUGCAGAUGGGUCUGUAUUCACUUUGAAGGGGUCUCACAGGCCAGUUGUGUGCAAUACCAUUGAUGCUGUAGUUACUGAGAGGGUAGAAACCUCAUCUUUGUUUCCAAUGGUGUGUGUUUUCCCUGUUCUGAUAAUUCUGGCACAAAAGCCUUAAUGCUUAGCAGAUACGGUUACUGGGAUGCCAAAGACACAUCUUCAACAGAACUCCUGUUCCUUUAAAGAGAAUGGCAGAGGUUUUGUGGAAUCAGAAGCCCAGAACAUCAUUCUUGUCACAGAUUGUCUAUGCGGAGAGGCCUCUCACUGACAACAACAGAUCCCUGGCCUCCUAUGGCUUGAAAGAUGGAGACGUGGUGAUUUUACGACAGAAAGAGACCAUAGAGCCACGGCCCUCGAUCCAUUUCCCAGGCCUGCCAAGGAUAGACUUCAGCAGCAUUGCGGUUCCUGGGACGUCAGCUCAGCAGCGUCAGCCACCAGCACAGCGCCUUCGCCCGUCGCCUCCCGAUGCACCUUCGUUCCCUCAGGGUUUGGAAAACCCAGCAUUGCUACGGGAGAUGCUGCUCGCCAAUCCCCACGAGCUGUCCCUGCUGAAGGAGCGCAAUCCGCCUUUGGCAGAGGCGCUGCUCAGUGGAGACCUCGAUAAAUUUACCAGGGUAUUGCUGGAGCAACAGCAGGACCGAGCCCGACGGGAACAAGAGAGGAUCCGACUGUAUUCAGCUGACCCUUUUGAUCUUGAGGCACAGGCCAAGAUAGAAGAAGAUAUAAGGCAACAAAAUAUUGAAGAAAAUAUGACGAUAGCAAUGGAAGAGGCGCCCGAGAGCUUUGGCCAGGUGGUGAUGCUUUAUAUUAACUGUAAAGUCAAUGGACAUCCAGUGAAAGCUUUUGUUGACUCAGGUGCCCAGAUGACCAUUAUGAGCCAAGCUUGUGCUGAAAGGUGCAACAUAAUGAGGCUGGUGGAUCGGCGGUGGGCUGGGAUUGCUAAAGGUGUAGGCACUCAGAAGAUAAUUGGUAGAGUGCACUUAGCUCAGGUUCAGAUUGAAGGGGAUUUCCUGGCGUGCUCUUUCUCCAUCCUUGAAGAGCAGCCCAUGGACAUGCUUCUCGGACUGGACAUGCUUAAGAGGCAUCAGUGUUCCAUUGAUCUCAAGAAGAACGUACUGGUGAUUGGCACGACUGGCUCACAGACCACUUUCCUCCCAGAGGGUGAGCUCCCGGAGUGUGCCAGGCUGGCUUAUGGGGCUGGGCGAGAAGAUGUGCGGCCAGAGGAGAUUGCAGACCAGGAACUAGCAGAAGCAAUACAGAAGUCUGUAGAGGAAGCAGAGAAUAGUGACAAAGAAACUACCUCACUGGAAAUGCCCUCAUUACCAGCUUCUGAUGGGUUUCAAAAUCCAGUCCAGUCUUCAGGACUAAGUUCUAAGAUCUGUAAUCCCACAAAUCAAUUACUUGAUCGAUCUGUCUUUGCUCCUGCUUCAACUUGCUUAUCCAAAUCUAGCCUCACAGAGCCCAUUGAUCCUAGAGCUGUCAAGUCAGUUGAGUCUUCAACUGAAUGCUGGAUCACCCCAGAAAAAGAUCAUCCUCUUGCAUUACAGCAUCUUUCCAAUAACUCUUCCUUGGCAAAUAGUGACCGCUCUCUCCAGACAGAGGAGGUGAAUUCUUGCAGUCCAGCUUGCCUUUCACAGAAGACGCUUGAAGAAACAUUUCUUGCUCACAGUCUAAUGGAAUGUAACACUAUAGAACAGGGCUGUGGUGAGGAACCUCUUUUGAAAGUGACAAAAGAAAAUAGUUUGACUGACAGCACUACUAAGCUUGGGCAAAUAAAAGAUGCAUCUCUGCCUUCAGAACUAAAGGAACCAAAACAGAAGAACAAGUUUGCCAUAAACCAUCAGAUGUGCAAAGAACCAGAGAAGUUUGAGCAUCUGGAGAAACAAACUGACAAAACUGACCCAGAACAUCCUGGCAACAUUGGUGGGGUUGAGAAACCUGUUGUGGAAGAAGAGGGCCGUACAGCCAGUCAGCCAGGAAGUCCUCCUGCAGAAAUGAGAGAAGGUAGACUGGAGAAAGCAGAUCUUUCCUGUGUGAAAGGGCGUAUCCAAACAUCCUGUAGUUGUGUGCACAUGGAAGUGGAUACAACUGAGCAUUCUGUAGCUGAAGUGCACACCUCAGCAAGCAAGCAGAAGUGGCAAGCCGAAAAUGGAAGGGCAUCUGACCUGAACUCAGAUGCCUAUUCUAUGGAAGUGGAGUCACUGAAGUCUGCAACUUCCCUGAGUGAUGCAGUUUCCACCUCUGAUGUGUUGCAGUCUAAAAGCACCAGUGAAAUCCCCACGAAGUGUAAUGAGUUGUCCAAUUUAACAGCUGAACACAGUUCUUCCCCCUCCGUCAUUCAUCAGCAGGACACAGAUCUGGGUAGACAUUUAGAAGAGCCAUGUUUCUCUCUAGCAUCAGCCUUGAAAGAGCUUCACAAACUCUUGAUCAGUUGUAAAGGAGAAUGUAAACUUCUUGCAUCUGAAGUCUCUCAGCUGGAAAUGGUUCACAAAGAGCAAGUACAACAGAAGGGGUUUUCUGAAGAUGAGUGGAAAGUGUCAGAUCCAAAUGGUCAGCAACAGAGUAGUUCCUCCUUUAAUGUGAGAUAUGAAGGUGGAAAAGCAGAGGGGAGCCAGCCUUGUGAUUCUAGCAUAGAAAAUGUUAGUCUUAGGUCUGUCACUCACAUGGAAUCAGCUCCUGGAGAAGAUGCUUUAGAAAUUUCAAAGUUUUCAGGUAAGAGUGAUUCGAUUGCAGGGACAUCUGACCAACAAGAGAGCUCUGAGCAGGCAAAGGUUUUGCCAGAAUGGUUUCAAAGUCCAACUUUGGAACAGAACACUGUUUCCUCUAAGCCUGCUUUGGAUGAAGGUAUAUCUCAAGAUACUCGGGCAUCACUCACAAAAGCACCUGAGAGAAGCAGCAGUUCUGCUCCUGACAGCCUAGCAUCAUUGGGUGGGGGUGAGGAACCACUGCGUAGUCCACCUGCUGAGUCCACCGAACUUCCCUUGGUUGCUUCACCUCGUGCUUUCCCUGCAGCUGAUGUUGAUCGAAUCCUUGGUGCUGGUUUUACCACACGAGAAGCUCUGGAGGCUUUGGAACAAGCAGAUGGGAAUGUAGAUCUUGCUCUUCUCAUUUUGCUAGCCAAGAGUAUUGUUGUUCCUACGUAACUGUGGAAGAGGGGGUCUUUUAAAAGACAUACCUAAACUACACAUUGUAACGUGCAAGCAGAAUGUUGAGCCAGAGUUUUUAAUUAUUUGCAGCCAAAGUAACUUGUCUCUUCUGUUUCACUUGUUAGAUUUGGCCUUUUGAAAGAAAGAAAAUGUCCUCGUAUUGCGUGAAUGGGAUAGCUUUUAAUUAUACAUACUGGAUUAAAAUUAAUGUUUUUAUUUAAAUGCAAAAUUUUUGAAUAAGCUCCAGUGUUAUGAAUAAGAAAGAGAAGCCAUUAAGAUCACCGCCCUGUCCAGCGCAGAGCAGAUUGUGAAAUGAAUUGAGAGUGUGUGUGUGUGUGUGUGUGUGCGUGUGUGCGUGUGUGCGCACAGCCAGUGGCAAGGCACAUGGUGUUGUACAGAGCACACUCUGAGUCUGGUAUGACACAGAUGCAAAACUUUUCUAAAUGGGCUUUUUGGGUUUGUACUGUUUUCUCUCUCCUACAACUUAUAACCAAAUGUCUGUGAUGCUAAUGAAACAAUUGUGGCAGCUACUACAGGUGCCCACAGGUGUGUAAAACUUUGCAAAAGGAAUGGGAGGGUGUCAAGUGUUUUUGGAAGCGCGGAUUUGUGUUUGCAUGGGGAGAGCUGAUGCCUGCUUUUGACAAACCCUUUUGUGCUCCUGGGCCAGUGUGUUUAAGUUUACAUCGUGGGGAUAGGGGAUGGAGAGAAAAAGGGAAGGGAAUAUGGUUCUAGCAAAACUAAGAGAUGUACUGACUUACUUGAAGAUGUGCUGAUAACACAUAGUUGUAGGUGGGGAGGGGAAGUAGAAAGGGGAAAAGAGUAUUUUACCAUUUUUUUUCUUAACAUUGCCCGUAUCUUGUUCCUCUCUACAAAAGAACAAGCUCAACCGCUUAAGGCAAAACCUUGAUGAUGAAACCUCAUAACAAAGUAACUGCGUGUCAUGGCUUUUAAUUGCAUCUAUCCUUGGAAAAUGGAUUCUCUGUGUGCUGCAUGGGGUUGUGAUCAGCAGAAUGAAGAAAUCUGCUUUGCACUAGUGUAUCUUGAUGUUUGGGGAUGAUCAGCCUCUCAGAAACUGCAGAAAGUCUGUAGUGCCUGAUGGACUACUAAUUGAAUACCUCUUAAAGAGCGAGGGCUCCCAGGUAGGGCUUAUGGAACACGCACUGACGUGGCAUCUGUGU